CAGAGAGAGGCAGCCAAGAGAGAAAUAACAGAGAGCGAGCGAGCGAGAGACUAUGAUUGGAUGCCAGUGAUAGAGUAAAAGACUAAAGCAGCUUGGGAAUUUUCCUAGUUGUCAUGGGCCCUUGGGGGUCGAUCAAGUGGCAGCGCUGACUCACAGAGGAACAGGACAGAAGACAUGUGAAGAAACAACAACAAAAAACAAUCACAAGUGACAAGAAGUAACUAAGGACAACAAGGCUUUUAUAAGUACCAGCGCUAGAGAAAGUGAGAGUGAGGGGCACACAGGGUGAGCGCUUCGUCUACAGUCUCCACACAGAGAGCGGCCGACAGGAUCGAGCAACUCCACCAGUCCAUCAUUUAUCCAUCCGUACGUCAGUCCAGCCGGUGAGGAAGGGGCACAGACAUGAAGAGACCUCACGACUACAGCUCCCCAGACUCGGACACAGACGAGUUUAUUGACGUGGGACAAGAAGACGGCUAUUGCCCAGUCACCGGGUCCAUGUCUCCUGGCAGCGCCUCGCAGAUUUUGGCCCGAAAGAAGAGAAGAGGGAUCAUAGAGAAGAGGCGCAGAGACCGGAUCAAUCACAGCCUGUCGGAGCUCAGGAGGCUGGUGCCCAGUGCUUUUGAGAAACAGGGUUCAUCAAAGCUGGAGAAGGCAGAGAUCCUGCAAAUGACCGUAGACCACCUCAAACUCCUGCAUGCCAUGGGAGGAAAAGGUUACUUUGAUGCGAGGGCCCUGGCAGUCGACUACAGGACCUUGGGCUUUAGGGAAUGCGUUGGAGAGGUGGUGCGGUACCUCAGCUCCCUUGACGGGGAGUCCCCGGACCCUAUAGGAGCCCGCCUGGUCUCCCACCUUUCCCACUGUGCAAGUGAGCUAGACCCCCUUCUCCUGCAGUCGCCUCCGGCAUCCGCCUUGCACUUUCCUCCUUGGCCGUGGGCGUCCUUCCCUCAGAUCUCCGCCACCUCACCAGUCUCCUCCUCUCCUCCUUUCCCCAGUGGGCGAAGGGAUCUGGCCCUGCUGGGGAGCUACCCAUCACACGCCUCCCUCCGCCUCGGCCCCCUCGCUGGUUGCCAGCAGGGCGUACCACCACUCCAUGCGCCUACAGCCCUGGCCACCAUCCACAGGUUGCCCUCCCUUGCAGGGUCCGCAUCCCUAGGCCCCUCCAGACCAACCCAGCCGUCCCCUCACAGCGCCAGCAGGGCCUCGCCUCUUCCCUUCCCCACCCCUUCCUCUUCCUCUCUUUCUACCUCCUCCUCUACUUCUAUUUCAUCAUCUUCUGCCCCACUGCAAGUCUCUUUCAGGCCCUUCGCACCUCUGGGGUCUCCUACAUCCCAGCGCAGGGGCUUGAGCGGACCAGCCAAGUCGGCCCAGGGAUGGGGGACUGAGAUCGGAGCUUUCUGAGUGUCAACUCUGGUUUUGUUUUCCAAAUGAACUCUGUACAGUGGACAUGGAGCUCCCAUGUGCACCAUGUAGCAAAUAUGAACCCGUCGGAGAAAGACGUAUUGAACCUUUGAUGAUUGUCUCUGCUUUUGAGGGACUCUAAAAGCCAUAUCAGACUGUGGGUGAAGUGUCAGAUAAUCACAAUCAAUCAUGUAUAACGGAAUAGUGAAGGAAUGUGAAAGAAUAGACGAUUUGAAUAAAUUCCUGUUCAUGAUCUUGCUUGACAAAUACACAGUGUCCAACAGAGCCAUAUAUACAACGCUCAACUGAGUGACGUUGAGUCUUUACUGAUCUUUAACUGUGAUAUUUGUUUGUUUUUUUUCCAAAACAUUUUUCCAUUUCAUUACAUGUUCCAAGUCUGAAGAAUGUUUGACAAAAAUCUAUAUAAAGACUAAGUGCCUUUACCUUU